GAAGAAGAUAACCUUAGGCAACACCAUAAACAAUGUUUAAAUUUGAAAACCAGUAAAUUUCAUAAAUUUAAUAUUUAUUAGUACUACUUAUAUGGUGAAUUUUGAUAGUUAAAAUAAUAAUGGCUCGUAAAAAAGAAAUUGAAGAAAUAAAUACAAUUUUAAAGGAGCUUGAGCAAUUCCAUUUAUCUGCUGGUCCAUUAUACCAAAAAGUCAACUCUUGUAAAGCUCUUUUAAAUCCAGAAAAUAACGAAUUAGAUGUAAUAUAUAAUCUCAUGGAAUCGCACUCGCCAGGUUUAAGAAAUAAAACUGUAUAUAGAUAUGAAAAAUUAUUAGCAGAUGAAUCAAAUCCUUUCCAAAAAUCGAAUCAGCUAGAAUUAAGCAAGGAAAGAUUAACAAUAAAAUGUUCAACGUAUCCAAAAGAGAAAAAAAUACAGGAAAUGUUGAAUCAAAUUGAUGAAUUUCCAAAAGAGUGGACAGUGGUACAAUUGACUCCUCAGUACAACCCCAUGGAAAUUUGGAAUGAAGAUCCAGAUGUAUAUUAUACUAAUGCCAUCAAUAUUUCCAUGUUUACUAGCAAAAAACCAUUUCUUGUGACAUGCGGUGCUCCAAGAGAUCCAGUUAACGGAGAUGGGAUUGAGCUAUGCAAUGAAAUAAUUUCAAUAUUAAAAGUGAACAAAGAAGUACUUACAAGCCAUAGCAAAAAGAUGUUCUCUAAUUAUAAAGAAAAGAAUGAUUACAUGCAUAAAGUGCAAGGUGUUGAAGAUAGAUUAAAGCUAUUGAUUAAAGACAUGCAAAAAAUGUGGCUGAAAGAAUGGAGAUGUUUGUUAACUGGUAAAUAUUGUGAUGAAAAAAUUGAAUCUCAAAUAAGAGAUGAUGUUAUCAAUUCUUUAAAAUCUGAGUUGCCCGAAUUAAAUAUUACUCAAAAAAUUGAAACGAUUUUAUGUUGUGUUGUAAAAAAUUAUUUGCAUCUAAAACUCAACGAAGUCAAAAAUAUUGUCCAGUUUUGUUUCCCUGAAAUAAAGGACAAAAUUAAAAUUCGCACUAUUGUCAAAGUAAUUCGAGGAAUUGGACAAAACGUUUUUAUAGAAAAUGAAAAAGCCAAACGCCAUCCUGUCAUAUUGAUACUACAUGAUAGUUUGGAUUGUUUCCCUUGGGAAAUGCUCGAUGUAUUGGAAGAUCAUCCGGCCUGCAGACUACCGUCUCUACACUUCCUCUAUUGUUUGUUCAAAGAACACGAAAAUGAUAUCGUCGAUGGUUACAAACUAGUAAAAGAUUACAAUAAAGGAGCUUACGUUGUAAAUCCAACCAUGGAUUUAAAAAAUAUGGAAACGAGAAUGAUGUCAUUCUUCAAUUAUUGGACACCCAAUUGGAUCGGUAGUUCGGGAUAUCAACCGAGCAAAGAUGAGUUUUUUGAACUAUUAACAUCUUGUGAUAUUUUUUCCUACAACGGACAUGGUAGUGGUAGUCAUUACUUACCUAUGGAUAAAUUUCAAAAAUCUCAUGUGAAAGCCGUCGUUAUGCUGUUUGGAUGUGGUAGCACGAAAAUUGUAAGAACUGAUCCUCAAGCUGAUAUGUUCGGACAUUAUUAUAUGUAUCUCAUAGCCCGUUGUCCAUGUGUGGUUGGAAUGUUAUGGGAGGUAGCUGAUAAAUCUACAGAUGUUCUCAGUACCGAUUUUAUGAGUUUUUGGAUCCCUUCGGAUGCCGCCAAACAUUGGAAGUACAUAGAUAAACAGCAAUGGCAACGAGGUGGCGAAACAGUUUUUUCGAAAAAUUUGCCAAUCUUCGACGACGACAAUACAUGGGAACCGGAUUUAUUACGCGCACUUAUUUUAGCGAAGAAAAAUUUGCCUAGCAUAAUGACCAAAGCAGCUUGUGUAGUCAGAGGUUUACCGGUUAAGAUAAACAAAUUUUGAUAUAAUAUUUAUGAUAUGCUACUUUGAAAAGAUGUCUUUUUAAAAUACAGUAACAAAAUUUUGGUUGGAUAUGUGCUACGCCCAAACUUCGAAAACGGUCAUAAAGCGAAAAACAAAAAAACGUCCGCAACGCGUUCUGGACGGUGCCGAACGAUCAAAUACCGAUAUGUCAUAGUUUUUCGCUUUGUGUCCGUUAUUGUUGACCAUGACGCGUCGUGGGCAAUGCUAAAACGGCCAUGAAGCGUUCUGGAUGAUUUAGAAAGUUCAUAAACUGUCCAUGCUUAUUUCCACAUGAAACUUUUUUUACAGAAUAGAAAAAUAAUUCGCAGGAAGAUAAAGGUAUUUACUUGUUCGUAAGCACUAUUAUUGUGGCAUUUCGAAUGGCACAACACCUCAUUGGCUCUACAGUUUCAUUUUUUUUGUAUUACAAUAACGCUCACAAUUUCACAUGACAAAUUCUUGUUAUGAACCAGACGAAAGAGCUGAAGUUUUCCCCAAAUUUAAUGAACAAUCUGGAACAUCCGAUGCGUCUAUAAAAUUUGAAUUAGUUAAAUACUCCCAGGGACCAGCCACCUUCUGUCGACGUCUGGAACUUGUGACUACGACAUUUUAACUGAUCCCAGCAGGAUAUUGUUCUAGCUUGCUUCUGCAUUCCCGCUCUAGCAGUUUCGCGUUAAUCUCUGAUUGCAUCACGUCGGCAGUUCCAUACGGCUUCUUCGAUUUCAAUCCUUCAUAUAUAGGUACCUAUUUUAAAGCUGAGUGGUUGGGUAAUACGAAAAUCUUCGCAAAUGGAACAUGCUGCCACAGUGGAUACUACAUUUAUUACAUCUUCUUUCCCUUUCAGGUCUUUUUCGAUUAUGAUCCUUUCCAAGAUUUUCUACAAAUUUUCUUCCCUUUCUUUAGAUUCAUAUGUUUCCAGAAAAUAAUCUGCUAUUUUGAUUCUUUGCCAUGUUACCAAACGUGGCCUCGUAAGGACUUCUAAUCCCUUUGUGCAAGCCACGAUGUUUUUUAACACUGAAUAAACCAUUGUUUGGUAUCAUUGUCAAGCAUCCAUGCUACAAACAUAUCUUUGAUGUCCUGAUUAGAUCGUCCUACUGAUCCUUGGUUCAUUGAGUAGCGGGGUUUACCAUGUACAAGUUUGAAGCUUGGCUACAGAUUCUUUAACUUAUUAGAAAAUUCCCUUCCGUUGUCACUUUACAAAAUGAAGGGAGCACCGAACGUGCUGCAUUUAGAUACGACUUCAUCAGCAGUUGUCUUUUCGAUAUUAAUUAACUACUCGACAUCUCGAAUUCAUGUGAUUUCAUAGGAUUCGUGCAACUACUAGAGCUUUUGUAUUGAUCUUCUUCUUUCCCUGACAUUGUAGAUAGAUAAAUAGAUCUGUAUAGCUACUCUUGUAACAUUGCGGUAUUUUUUGUUGAUUUCAGCCUCUAUAACUAAAAACAAACUUCAAGUGGGUAGUAGAAAGCGCGCGGCGAAAGAAUGCGCACCCUCGUCAACAAAAGUAAAGUAACUUUAUGAUAGCCUUGAAGACAUUUUAGGACUUUUUAUCGAAAAAGGAAUAGACUCGUAUCUAGUAACGAUAAAAUUUUUGAAAACUGAAAAUGCACUAAAUUUGGAUUUUAAUAAAAAAGAAUUACUUCGUGUGGCGCAAAAUUGGGACUUCUGACAACACUGUCGAUGUCACUGUUCAUGCCUCCACGCCUAAAACCCCCAGGUACCAAAUUUUGUGAACGCAACAUAAGCGGUUCUCAAGAUAUUCCAAAUUUGCGAUUCUUUUUAUUAAUUCUGUAUUGCUCAGCAAGCUUUUGGUGGGGUGACAUGUGAAUAUUAUGAAAAAUUUUCAAAAUAGCAAAGAAAAAACGCAAUAAUGAAUAAUUACAUCAAUAUUUCAUAAAAAUAGCUUUUAAAUAACAUCGUUUGUAUCCAGUUGCCAUAGGAGCAGCUUCAAUAAUGCCUACACUUUACAGUGAUUUCGAAAGUUUCCAUCCUGUGUUCCUUUGGGUUUUGCACUUAUCUUUUCAUAUUCCCCAAUUGUUAUAUCAUACCUCUUAAGUCUACUAUAUUGUUUGGCCUACAAGGGCAUUUUGCUUUCUUUCAAGCAGUUCACUUCUCGGUCAAUCUCUUCAUACCAUUCCUUCGUAAAGUAAUUUUUUAUGUUAUCAACGAUAUUUCAAAGUUUUUCAUUAAACACCUCCUCUCGUAUUAUCGUUUUCAGUUAAAAUAAUAGCGACUUCGCUCAUUAACAUAGACAUAACUUCACUCGAAGGCAGUCGGAUAUAUGCUGAUAAGUAUAAACAAGAAAGAUCGGUUUAAGAGCUCUAUAAAUCAUCCCGAUUGCGUCUUAGUCAACAACAGCGAUCUCAAAUUGAAAAAUUAUGUCAUUUUGGUAUUUGGUUGUUCGGCACCGCCCAGAACGCGUUGCGGUCGUUUUUUUUUCGAUCAAUGAGCGUAACAUAUAAAGUAGAUGGACCUGCGAUUUUAAAUUAUAUAUUUUCAAUGUUACCAACUGUACAGUAUAAAUUUUUUGAAUAUAUAAAUCCGCUGGUUCAUCUAAUACACAUAAUCACCAAAAUUUUGUUACUUGUUUCCAUACUUCUAUUUCACACUUUAUAUAAAUAUUUUAAGUUUCUCUGUUUACAAAAUAUAUUUCUGAUUCUCAAUAAUAAUUAUAUUUUUCUA